AUGAGAGUGGUGCAGCCUCCUGUGGUGCGACCACGCCACGAACACUUUCUGAAUAAGUAUGCUGAACUUAUGAAGAGUAAAGGCCUUCUUCCCGAGAUCUUCUUAGUCCAUCAAACGCCCAGUUCUCAAUACGUUGACGAAGACGGUGAUGUGGCACACGAAUUUUAUGCUGAACAUCAAUCUCUAGACGGCCAAGUGCGGCGACUUCAUCGAGUUGUGAGUAAUUUACGACCAAAGGGCUUUGAACAGUACGCGAUCCCUCGACUUAGUCCAGAUGUGCCCGUUGUAAUGUGGGAGGUGGAACAACAGAGUUGA